AUGCAGCGUUGCAGCAUGGGAAACGGAAGCAGCGGCAAAAGCCUCAGCAGCAGCAGCAAGAUAUGGAUUUUCCCGAGUGGACUUCUAGGGGAAAGCGUACGUACAAGAGCAGCUGCUGUCGCUGCUGCUGCAGCAGCAGCGAGAAAGGCUUCGCCCUUCGCAGCGCCUCCUGAGGCGCAUUCGGCGUGCCUGAGCAGCAGCAGCAAGCUGGAGAACAGCUGCUGCUUUUGGGAGCAGCAGCAGCAGCAGCAGCAGGAGUCUCUGCUGCAAGGCAGUGCCCGGGGAACAGCCACGGCUGAAUGGCUGCGCAGUCCCAUCAGCAGCAGCAGCAGCAGUCAACGCCAGCAGAAGGUGCUGAAGCAGCGCCGCAGCAGCGCCUCAGCAAGCCUGCAUCAACAGGGACAGCAGCGGCUGCAACAGCAGCACAAGCACGGGCAGCAGCAGCAGCAGCAGCAGGAAGACAGGAUGAUCGUCGAAAGACUACUCAAUGUGCACCACGGGGGCCUGCCCAUAUCUUCUUUGGCUUUCCAGCCUCACCCUCUUUAUGUUUCUGCGCAUGCAACGCCCAGCAGCAGCAGCAGCAGCAGCAGAAGCAGCAAGGGCUGCAGCAGCAGCGGCGCUGCUGCUGAGACGGGACCCGGCAAGCAGCGCCGCGCUGCAGCAGCAGGAGCAACGGGCUCGCAGCAGAAGCAGCAGCCUGGGCCAGCAGCAGGCAGGCACCCCGCGGGGCGGCGCUACUGGCAGUACGAGCGGCUGGCAACAGCAGCUGCUGCUUCAGUGAAGAUUUGGGUGCUGCAUGCGCACCAGCCCCACGAGGUCUCUGCAGCCACGAGGAACGCACGAAGACAAGCAAAUCGAGCAGCGGCAGCAGCAGCUGCUGCUGCUGCUGCGUCACCUUCAAAGAAGCUGAAGGUUGAUGCGCAGCAGUCGCAGCAGAGCUCCCCACAGGAUGCUGCUGGAGCAGCAGCCACCAGCAGCAGCAACAACAGUUGCAGCAGCAGCAGUAGCAGCAGCCCGGGCACCGCUUCGGCGCAGGCUGACGACAAUGCAGAGCCUGUCGCUGCAGCUGCUGGAGGGCCGGAAGCAGCUCGAGCAGGAGCUGCAGCAAAGGCAGCAGCAGCAGCAGUAGCAGCAAAAGCAGCAGCAGCACUUGAAAGCUUUGGCACUAUAGAUGGAAACACCCCAGUUAGAGGGCCGCUAACCCGGGCCACCUGUGUGUGGGGCGCAGCAAACCACAAGGCGAACAUCACUGCCAUUAAGUGGACGUGGGAUGGUGAGCUCCUGGGGACUUGCGACAGCAGCGGGGAAAUUCACGUAUACGCCCUGGCUGCGAGCAGCAGCAGCAGCAGCAGCAGCAAGCCCAAAGCGGCGACAGCAAGGAGGCCGCGCCUCUCGUCACCGCCGCCAGGGGCAUCGCAGCAGCAGCAGCAGCAGGCUGCAGCAGCAAAGUCUGCAGCAGGAGGGAGCACACCAAAAGCCGCUGCGAUCUCCUCUCCUUCUGCUGCUGCCUCUGCAGCUGCACCGCAGCAGGGAAAAACUAAGGGCAGCAAGGCAGCAGCAAAAGCAGCAGCAGAUGGUGGUAGCUCAACCUCAGCAGCAGCAGCAAAGGCAGCAACAAAAAAGGCAACAGAUGCUGCUGGGAGGCCUUCUUGCUGCCUGUGUCCCUUUCUGCGUCUGUCGCAUCUUCCGCCCCCUGAGCGAGGCUUGUGCAGCCAGCAGCAGCAGCAGCAACAGCAGCAGCAGCAGCAGGACCCUGCUGCAGCAGUUGGGGCUACCGUGUACUCCGAGCGCUGGAAUCUCAUCAAGACUCUGAGGACGCCCCAAUCCUCUCUACCGCAGGUGUUCGACUUCGUUUGGAGCUCUGAUAAGAGGUUUAUUGUAGCUGCUGGGGCGAGAGGCAGGUUAUCCGUGCUGCACGUGGCUGACGGCACCUCUUGUUUGACUUUUGCUCUUCCCCCUUCAGACGGGGGCCUCGUCAAGGGCCUUUCCUGGCGGGCAGAUAAUCUGCUGCUGGCGGCUCAGACGAGCAGCAAGAAGCUGUACUUGUGGCGCUGCGAGCCACCCGCUGCUGGGGAGACCAAAUGGGUUGUGGAGGAGACUGCGCAGCAUGACCUGGUGCUGCGAGACGGCCCCACAGACUCGCCAGUGCUGCGGACUCCGUCUUUCUGCGUCUCCGACUGUUUCCUCUCUGUCUCCCACGCCCAGAGGGAAGACAGGCCCUUCGGCUGCGCGUUCUCUGUGGACGCCAGGGGCUUCGUAGACCCGAAGGCGCCCAUUUUCUUCUACGGCCACCAGGCCCCCGUCAAGACUGUGAGUUUUGGCGACGGCAUAUUUGUCUCUUCCAAGAAGGGCAGGCCUCCCGAGCGACACGUCAUGUACUGCCAAGCGAGUGAGGACGGAAUGAUUUCCAUUUGGCGUGUGUCGCUGACUGGGAACAGCACCAACAGCAGCAGUAGCAGCAGCAGCAGCAGUGGAAGCAGCAACAGCGCUGCAAGCAAUGGCAACCAAGGCUGCAGCACGAAAGCUGCGGGAUCUCAGCAGCAGCAACAGCAGCAGGAGGAGCAGCAUGGGCAGUGCGUUGCUGUUGUGACGAAUCUCUUAGACGAAAAUACAACUGUUCAGGGUUUUUCAUGGACCCGAGGAAGCAUGUGGCUGGCUGUCGCCUGCAGCGGGGGCCACGUCGCACUAGUGCGCCUCAGCCCUGAAGAGACUCGAAGCAGCGGCACUGUUUGCUGCAGCUCGUAUGACCACCGCGCAGCAGCAGCACGUGCUGCAGCAACAGCAGCAACAGCGCCGAUGUACGUGCCCCCGGAGCCCGGGACGGCAGUCGCGGCAGCAGCUGCUGCUACGGGCAGCUGGACUGCUUGCCGCUGCUGCUGCUGCUGCUGCUUCUUGCAUUCCUCCUUGCCGCUAAGGAAGCCGAAGCCGCAGCAGCCAUCUCUUCCGCUUAAAGCAGGAGCAGCAGCAGAUCCUGCGGCCUGUGCUGCUGCUGCAGCUGCUGCGUCUCCACCCGCAGCAACACCGGUGCCGCUGCGGUUACUGCAGCAAGAGACCAUCUUGCAAGGCGGAGCGCGGCGAAUUCGCCCUGUGCUGCUGUCUCGGCUAGGUGGGGCUCCUUUAGCAGCAACAGCAGCAGCAGCUCCCACGGCAGCAGCAGCAGCAGCGGCCAGUCCUGCUGCUGCUGCAGCUGCUGCGAGCAGUACAGCUGAUGGAGGGCUUGCGCCUGCAGCAGCUGGCGCUCCGCAGACGACUGUGGCGGCAGCUGGGGCUCCGCCAACAAGUGGCGCAGCAGCAGGAACGGCAGCAGCAGCAGCAGCAGCAACCGCAACGGCAGCGGGCGCAGCAGUAGCAGAACCUAGUGCAGACACUGCAGCUGCAGCGGCGGGGCGCUCCUCAGGAGCAGCAGCAGCAGCAGCAGUUAAGACCCUCAGCUUCAUGGAGGUUUUUUCGCGGCUCUCAGGUGCUGCUGGCUGCCGGGCCGAUCCAGCAGCAGCAGCGACAGGCUUAGGCGCGGCCCGAGCAGCAGCAACAGCUGCUGCAGCAGAAGACAAGAAGGCUGUGCUUAGCGACACUGGGGAGCAGCGACAGAAUGACAGCCAGCACCAGCAGCAGCAGCAACAGCAGCAGCAGCAGGCAGCGGAUCUUCCGCUUAGCAGAAGCCGUAGCAGCAACGGAGCAGAUGUAGAAGCAAUGGAUGAAGACGCUCUGCCGCCGCACAACGGCAGCAGCAGCAGCAACAGCCUAGUGUACUCAUUUGCUGCAGCAGACACAGCUGCAGUACACAGACAGCGGUGUGUCCUGACGGACCUUGCCGCCCUAAUCAGCUACUCUGCUGCCACGCAGGCAGCAGCAGCAGCAGCUGCUGCUGCUUGGGAGAGCAGCGAUAGUUUCAAGCAGAAGGUGCAACUUUUCGCGUCUUCUGCGUACGGGUCAGAGACAGCGAGCAGCCGCAGCAGCAGCAGCGGUGCAGCGGCGCUGCUGGAGCAGCAGCAGCUGCUGCUGCGUCGUGUUGCUGCGGACGUUGCUAAGUGGCGGAAAAGAGCCCAGAGUGGGACCACCUCUCCGGCUGCAGCAGCAGUGCAGCAGCAGCAGCAACAGAAGCAGCAGCAGCAACAGCAGCUGCUGCCUCAGAACCCACAGCAGCAGCAAGAGCAGCAGCGAGCGGAGCACUCGCAGGCGGCUGCUGUCUCCAUUAAUAACAGCAGCAGUGCCGGAAGCAAAAGUGGGAGCAACAACAGCAGCAGCAGCAGCAGCGGCGGCGGCGGUGCACGGGCGGCAAGCCCCACAACAAACGGCAGCAAAUCCGGCGGCAGCAGCAGCAGCAGCAGCAGCAGCAGCUUUGGCGGAGGCGGAGACGAGGGAGACGGCAGAGACGGCAAACGAGGCCUAAGGCUGUCACUUAAUUCCCCUGAAGGGUCAGAAGCAGAAGACAGCGAAGCUGAGGAGGAGGAGCCGCGGCCUGCUGCUGCUGCUGCUGCUGCUGCUGCAGCAGCAGCAGCAGCAGCAGCAGAGGUGACAGCAGCAACUGAGGAACAACCCGUGGGGGACCCAUCUUCCUUGCUGACACGUCUCUGCCCUGCUGCUGCUGCUCCUGCCUUCCUUUUGCUGCUAGUGGCUAUGAGGUCGGGGCGCAUAUUUUCUUGUCGUCUUUUCAGCAGCAGCGGAGGCACUGGCAGAAGCAGUAGCAGCAACUGCUGUGGCAGCAGUAGGUGCUGCUGCUGCAGCGGCUUCACAGAAAAUCUGGCGUUUGUUGCAGAUGAGUUUAAACGGAUUGAUGACCUGGCGUUCUCAGCGUCAGACUUCUUCUCCCUUGUUUCCUGGGCUUCCUUAAAGCAGCAGCGGCAGCGAGCUGCUGCUGCUGCUGCUGCUGCUGCUGCUGAACAGGCGGGCGCCAGCGAGCAGGACGGCCUUAGCUGCAGCGACUCCGCAGGCAGCACUGCAGCAGAUGAAGACUCAGCAGACACUCUCCUUGACCGCAUCCAGCGCAGCAGCCCGGCACUGCAGGAUGCGUGUAGCAGUUUUUGGGGCAGCAGCAGCAGCAGCAACAGCAACAGCAACAGCAGCAGCAGCAGCAGCAGCAAGGGAUUCUUAGCGACGCUUGCUCAGCGGUUCCUGCUAGCGUCUAUUGGCUUAACUCCCAGCAGCUUGUCUGCACUACGACAGGCAAGAGGCCUCACUUUAAUUCGCGACUAUUACGGCAAGGGGUGGCCUUCUGGCACUGCAGCAGCAAACACAGCAGCAGCAGCCAAAACAGCAGCAGCAGCCAAAGCAGCAGCAGCACCAGCAGCAGAGGCCGGUGCCGCAGUUGCCACUGCAGCGAACAGCACGGAGCAAAACAAGCGCCAACAGCAGCAGCAGCAGCAGCAGCAACGCCGGAGCCCAGUGCUAGAGGCUAUCCUCUGCGCGCUGUACUUGGGCUCUCGCAAAGACUUCUCUCGCUGGCUACAGCAGCUGCUGCUGCGGCUGACGGAGCUGCAGCAGGUGCAGCAUCUUCUCUGUUUGGGGGAGACGUUUGUGAGUACUGAGCUGCAGCUGCUCUCUCCGUGGCUCCUGCUGCUGCAGCAGCACGAGCAGCAGUUGCUGCGGCAAGGGAUGCCGCUGCUGCUGCCGGAUUCGGCAGCGGCCACCGAAAGGGUUGCUCCUGCUGCUGAGCGUGCAACAGCAGCAGCGGCUGCUGCUGUAGGCGAAGCUGCUGCAACAAGUGCUGCUGCUGCAUUCGGAGGCGUUGAUUGGCGCGUAUGGACGUCAGCGGGCGCAGACGGCGCAGCAGCAGCAGCUGCUGCUGCUGCUGCUCUGCAGAGCGUCGUUGCAGCACUUGCUGCUUCCGGCGAAGCGGCUGACGAGGAGGCUCAGUCUGUCAAGCAGGCAGCAGCAGAAGGCGCGCAGCGGCUGCGGGCUGCUGCUGCUGCCCUGGCAGCAGCACGGGAGAAAAUUUGGGCUGCAGCAGCUGCUGUUGAGCAGCUAGAAAUCCGGCGCGAGCACGUGCUGCGCUGCGCGUCCAGGUCGGAGCUGCUGCAGCAAAUGACAGCAGAGGGAAUGGCGAGAGCCGCCGCUGCAGCAGAAGCAGAAGCUGCUGCUGCUGCAGCAGCAGCAGAUCUCUACGACCAGGUGGAGCUGGAAAAAGACAUGAUGGAUGUCUUCUAG